CGACCGAACCUAAAUUGGACCGAACCGACCGAACCGAUUGAAUAAUAUAUAUUAUAUAUAAUUAUUAAAUCCUUUUAAUCUUGACCGUCAAUCUAUUAGAGCUUUAAUCGUGACCAUCCACUCCUCCCAAACCCUACUCUGUUAUACUCCUUCAGUCUUCCACUCCUCCAAAAUCAGAAGAGUCCCCGCAGCCACUCCAUUUCCAUUUUCCCCUCACUCCCUCAGUUCUCUCCCUUCUCUCUAACGUUAAACCUCCACGAUUUGCACCACCGUGCUCCACCAGCGCCGUCCUCGCCUCCGCCGCCCCCAUCACGUACGGCGCCUUGUCCACCAUCCCCGAUUAUCAACAUCAGCACCGCAAUCAAUCUCCAUCCGCCACCACUUCGCUAUUGAGAGAGAUUUUUCAAAGGUGUAGGGGCACACUGGCAUUGGCUGAGCCCAAGCUUUAGGCUCACGUGGAAUUUCAACCUCGACGACGCCAACAAAAUGUCUGACCAUGAGCUUGACUAUGAGCUUGAGAUGGAUGAUAUUGAUGAUGAUGAUGAUGAUGUUAUGGAUGAUGCUGCUGAGUUUGAUAUUCCUCAUAAUGCUGAAUUAAACGAUGAUCAAGUGCCUGAAAUUGAAACUAAGGUUGAGUCGAAAAAGAUUGUUGGUAGUAUUAGUAAUAAGAGGGCUGCUUGUUGGAAACAUUUUUACUUUAUUACCCCAGAAAAUCAUCCGAAACCUAGGGCUGCAUGCAAAUGGUGUCGAAAGGAUUAUGCAUGUCAUUCGAAAGGAUUAUGCAUGUCAUCCGAAACCUAGGGCUGCAUGCAAUUGUUUUUUCAUGGUUGAGGUAAAUCCUAAUCACAUAUACAUCUUUUUUUGUUUGUUGUAAUUUUUUUUUACUACUUUUCGUUUUUCUUAGUGUUUACUAUUUUUUAUGUUCAAAAUGAGGGCUAGAUUGUUGGCAACUUGGCGUAUUUUGAAGUAUGGUGGUGCAGUUUUCAAGCUGGGGAUGGUUCUAUAUUCUGUUGGUUCUGCAUUUCGUAGCAUUUUGUGAUAAUAAUGACUGGGAUUUUCAUGGGAUUUUGUUGACAUUAGUGUUUUGAAUUUGGUAGAUUUUAACUUGAACUUGGAAGUAUGGUGGUGUUGUUUUCUGACGGACACUUUAACUGUAUUCUGCUAGAUUGUUGGUAUUUUGUGUUUUUGUGAUGGCUGUUUCUGUUUUUUGAAAUUUGGGAUGGCUGCUUCUGAUGUUGCAAAAACUCAUAUAACAGUGGUGCUAAGGAUCGCAAAGUUAGGAUUCUGGGUGUAAUUUUUUAUUUUUGAUGCAAGUAUGCUACUGCUAUUGUAUUGCGAAAGUUAAGUAGUUGGUUUCAAACUAUAUUCACUCUCCAUUGGGUUAUUUGUUCAAAGGUUGUAAAGAUUCAGUGUUCAGCUCUUGAAUAAAUCGUGAGGCAUAGAGACAGAAGAUGAUUUGGCCUCAUAGCUGUCAUUAGAGCUCCAAAGAUGGCAGCUUGAAAUUGUGCACUGUAUCGUAUUGCGAUUGUGCUUUCACAAGAAUAUUUUGGUGAAUGGAUGUUUUGAGAGUAAUA